AUGAAACAGGAUCAAACUCAAUCGUUGGAGACAGUAAAGCCAGCGAGGCAGGGGAUGAAGAUGACACAGGAUCAACAACAGACACUGAUUCAGUCUCUGGACACAGUAGAGCCAGCGAGGCAGGGGAUAACACAGGAUCAACAACAGACACUGAUUCAGUCUCUGGACACAGUAGAGCCAGCGAGGCAGGGGAUAAAACAGGAUCAACAACAGACACUGAUUCAGUCUCUGGACACAGUAAAGCCAGCGAGGCAGGGGAUAACAUAGGAUCAACGGCAGACUCUAACUGGACACAGUAAAGCCAGCGAGGCAGGUUGAUAACAUAGGAUCAACGGCAGACACUGAUUCAGUCUCUACAGGAUCAACAACAGACACUGAUUCAGUUUCUGGACACAGUAAAGCCAGCGAGGCAGGGGAUAACAUAGGAUCAACGGCAGACACUGAUUCAGUCUCUCGACACAGUAAAGCCAGCGAGGCAGGGGAUAACAUAGGAUCAACGGCAGACUCUGAUUCAGUCUCUGGUAAAGCCAGUGAGUCAGGAGAUGAAAAUGACACAGGAACAACAGCAAACACUGAUUCAGUCUCAGGACACAGUAAAGCCAGCGAGGCAGGGGAUAAAACAGGAUCAACAACAGACACUGAUUCAGUCUCUGGACACAGUAAAGCCAGCGAGGCAGGGGAUAAAACAGGAUCAACAACAGACACUGAUUCAGUUUCUGGAGACGAUAAAGACAGCGAGGCAGGGGAUAACAUAGAAUCAACGGCAGACUCUGAUUCAGUCUCUGGUAAAGCCAGUGAGGCAGGAGAUGAAAAUGACACAGGAUCAACAGCAGACACUGAUUCAGUCUCAGAACAUCGGAAGCCAGCGAGGCAGGGGAUGAGAUAG